AUGUCGUUUCUGUUAUUACUUAUAUACCACCAUAUACAUAUACCGUUGGCUAGCAGCGAGAGACCAAACCUAAAAUUUCCGACGAACUCCAAGAGACUGCAUGAUGAUCCGCUUCCAGAUGCACUGCCUUCACCAUUCGGUAACAAGGUGUACUUGAAGAGCAAACUACUCGACAAUUUAAACAAUUUUUUCCCAAACACUGCCGAAUCACUUGAAAUCUUGGGGACUCAUGACCACCGGCAUCCGCCACUAUCCGAAACGAACUCAAUCAUUGACUCAAUAUCGGUUCCUAGUCUGCCGAAAGAAGGGUUUCUCUCACCAAUUCAAAAUCUCCUCCAGAACUCACUCGAUCACAAUUCGUUCCCCACCCUUAUUCCUACGGAAAUCCCCAUUGUACCAUCGGAUCCUCCUCUUGAUCUACCUCCACCACCUCCUCCACCUCCAUCACCGCCACCACCUCCUCAGCCAACUUCAAAAAAAAGAUCGGAGGGCCCCGUCGUGUCAGGUAAAAUAUUGGACAGCAUCAGAGAUUGGCGAAAACGUCUCUACAGAGCGUUCAAGAUGAAAAAACCGAAAGCAGCGUUGUCCCGUUUGGCCGAAAGUUCGGUCUCGACCGACAUGAAGGUCUUUCCAGCCAGUGAAGUACUAGACUUCAAAGACGUCACCCCGUUGGUUAUUGAUAAGAAUCGACAAGUGCUGCUCAGUAGAAAGGAACCAGAUCGGCAGAACGGCGUGGUUGGCGCAACAGUUCAAACUUUUGGCAGAGAUCCUGGUGGCAAAAUCGUGCGCAUUUUUGGCACGCAAGCCAGCGGUUACACUUCUGUAACACAGAUGGAUAGUCCUCCUGAGCAAGCCUCAAAUGACUAUUCGGCUUCAUUCCCGAUCACCCCGAAAAGGAAGGCCUAUCGAACUCCUGGGGGUCGAAGUGUUGUGUACAUUCCUGCACCACCCACAGUUGCAACAAUUCUUCCACCGCCGGUUACUAUGCCACCACCAACGUUGCCGCCACUUAUCACCUUCCCAAUACCACCUACCAUCGCCCCUUCAUUUUCGGACCAAUCGUACACUGGUGCUACGCCGUACAAUCCUCCACUCAAUAGAUACCCGAACAGUCUAGGAUCAAACUACGCUACCCCAAAUAUUAAUGUCCCCGCUCAGCAACCAAUACAAUUUCCCACGAUUUCUCCGCCAACCUAUAUGCCGGCAUCAGAAAACAAUGAUCUGGAGGAUGGAUAUGGUGAAGACGAUCUCCCUCAACAGCAAGUCGGUGUUAUGAACACGUGUGCAGGUGAAGUUAUGUGUACGAACAAUCAAGCAAUAACUGAGGACAAAUGCAACAGUUUACGUCUAAGAACAGUUAUUCAAGAUAAUAUCGUCCCGAAUGAUGCGGAAGCCUCAAAACGAGCGGUGCAAUCAGCGGCAGAAUCAGAAACUGGACAGUAUUUUGACGCUAUUUGUGGCACCGGUUUCUUCAGUUAUAUCGCGCAUACGGACGAGUUCUGUUUGUCAUCGAUGGGAGGUGUGAACUGCUACGUAUUCUCGCCAGUUUGCAGUGACACCUCAUCGACAAUGGCUUUUGCUAAACACCGAAAAUCCAAAAGAAGAGCCUUUUUGAAUAAGAACUAA